CAUUACUCUCUACUCUGUAAGCUCAAUUCGUCUUCACCACCGAGAGAGAGAGAGAGUUGAAUUGUAUCGUAGAGAAUAGAGAUGGCGGCGGUAGAGUCGGAUUUCGGAGCUUUCGUUAAGAAACUGCUUAUACAUCCUCCAGCUACUGAUUCACCUCAACAACUCCCCUUGAUCGGCCUCACUUUCGCCGUCAAAGACAUAUAUGAUGUUGAAGGAUACGUGACUGGAUUUGGGAAUCCGGAUUGGGCGAGGACUCACUCACCUGCCGUAUCAACGGCUCCCUCUGUUUUACUUCUCUUGAAUGCGGGUGCCACCUGUGUUGGCAAAACUGUCAUGGAUGAAAUGGCCUACUGUCUAUAUGGAGAGAACAAACACUAUGGAACUCCCGUUAAUCCAUGUGCCCCAGAUCGGAUACCUGGAGGAUCUUCAAGUGGAUCUGCUGUAGCAGUGGCUGCAAAGCUUGUAGAUUUCUCCUUAGGUACUGACACUGGAGCAAGCGUAAGAGUCCCCGCAGCAUUCUGUGGAAUUUAUGGGUUUCGGCCUUCACAUGCAAUUGUUCCUAUUAGUGGUGUUAUUCCUAUGGCACAGAGCUUUGAUACAGUUGGAUGGUUUGCAAGGGAUCCUGUGAUCUUAAAUCAAGUAGGGCGCGUGCUAUUGCAAUCAACUAAUGUGGAACCUGUACAACCAAGUUUCCUUAUCAUUCCAGAUGACUGUUUCCAACUUCUGAACAUUCCCAAUGAACAAGUGACCCAGUUGCUUAUUAAAUCUUUCAAAAAGCUGUUUGGAGGUCAAGUUGUUAGGCAUACAAACCUUGGUGAUUAUGUUAAGGAUAAAGUUCCAAGUUUGAAGCAUUUUAUGGCUGAAGGCAAUGAUCAAAUGGAGUAUAACAUACCAUCAUUGAUGGCCCUUUCAAGCGCCUUGAGAAUGCUUCAGAGGUACGAGUUCAAAAGUAACCAUGAAGAAUGGAUCAAUUCAGUUAAACCUGAUUUAGGUCCAGGCAUAUCAGAACGGGUACAGGAUGCCCUUAGGACAACGAGUGAAAACAUUGACAUCUGUAAUGCAGUUGGGAAUGAGUUUCGUACUGCUCUUACUGCCCUUCUUGAGGAAUUUGGUAUCCUUGCAAUCCCUACAUUUCCUGGUCCUCCAUUUAAAUUGCAAACAGAUACUGUUACACUUGAACAUUGCCAUGCUAGAGCAUUCAGCUUGCUGUCUGUUGCUGGAUUUUCAGGGUUUUGCCAGGUCAGCAUACCAUUGGGAAUGCAUGAUAACCUUCCCGUGGCAGUGUCUCUAUUAGCUAAGCAUGGUGCAGAUGGUUUUUUACUGAAUCUUGUUGAGGCCCUUGAUGGUUCUUUGAAGGAACAGAUUGAAAUUGCUCAGAACAUGAGUUACUGAAGUUGUCUCUUUGUACUAUUGAAGAUAAAGCCGAGAGAAGCAGUAUCAUGCCUGUUGAUGAGACUGAAGACACCCUUUUAGCGAAAUAAUGGAGGCAGCCAAGUCUCUAAGUGAGUCUCCAGUUUGCAGGUACUUGUGCCAUGGAUAGGAGAAUCCAAACUUUCCAUGCCAUGGUUCCCACCUUGCAAAAUUUGCCUGGAAAAUAAAGACGGUGUCACUGUCACUUGUUUUCUUGUUUUAAAUGAAGUUUUAUUAUGAGAAGAGUAGUACAUCAUAAGUUCUAGAGGCUGAAGUAAAAAAAGUUUAUGAUUCCAUGUAAAAUAACAUCCAGAUUAUCAAGAAGAGACUGCUAUUGAAUAAUCCUUCUAGUUGGAAAGUUUUAAAUGCAGUUAGUCCUACUUA